AUGAACGUAGAAGAGUUAAAGGAAGCUAUUAAAAGAAUUGGGCAGUGUUAAUAAGAGUAAGCUGAAUACACUAAUAAUAGGUCUUAAUAUGAGUUGGAUAUUGUGUGGCAGCAAAUCCAGCACCCUGUUGGAUUCGAUUUAUUGUUUCAAUGUGCAAAGAACGUAAUCGAAUUCAGACAAUACACACUGUUUUGGAAAUCUGCGAAUAAAAUCUUGAUGCACAUAGUGAAGUUGUGUUUAAAUAAUCAGGAUUAAUUGAAAGCCUGGGAGACACUGCGUCUAACCAUAGAUCCAGAUAAACAUUUUUACAAAUGCCAUGAGUUAGUAUAGAUGGAUGAGGAUCAGUUUUCGCACUAGGAAUUCUCUUAAUAGGAGUUUUGUGCUAAUCUAUAGGAAGGAUAAGAUGUGGAUGCAUUAUAUGAGGAUGAAAAGGGCAAUGUGAUAGGAUGGUGUAGGGCAAAUAUCGUGAAGAUUAAUGAGAAAUAUGUGUGGGUUAAGUGGCAUGAAAAUGAUGAAAAGAGAAAGAUUGCUCGAUAUUCAAUGGAUUUGGCGCCGUAUAAAAGUCAAGUGACAGAUGAAGAGUGGCAAUGGAGACAUUCCCUUAAUGCUGGCGAUAUAAUAGAUUGUUUCGAUAAUCGUGUAUGGUAGAAUGCUACAAUUGUUACUGCUUUGAAUGAAGAAGAUAAGGAGUAUGUCGUUGGAUUUAGAGUGUAUGAUGAGAAGGGCAAUUAGUAUGACUCAUAAAGCAGGAGAUUCUUUGGUUGGAAUCAAUAAUAUGACGAAAGAAUCAAGGCAGUGAGUCCAAGAAUUCAGAAAAGAAAUGUAUUUUCAAGAGGACAGCCCUCUAAUCCUCAUUGUCAAGAGGAAAAUAUCCAUGAUUGCAAUGAUUUCCUCUAUCCAAACACGGAUUAUGCAGUGCCUCGAUUUUAGACCAAAUAGGCUAGGAGAUCAAUUGUUAUUUGCGAAAUGAUCAAUGAAUUCGGACGUGCUGGGUUAUUUUAACACAUCUUAGAUUAGAUUCUCAAUAAAUGCACCAUUGAUUUCUUACAUAGUUAUAUGGUAGUGUUGAAUAAUUUCCAUGAAAUGUUACAUAGAGAAUUUGUUUCGGCAUACGUUCCCUAAUUGUUUGAAGCAGUCCAAAAUAAUAUUUUGUUAUCAGCUGAUAACAAUCUUAGAAACUUUUCAUCCUAAAAGAUAACUGAUAUUUUACAAGCAUUGAACAAUUUAUUGAAAAGAGUGUAUGCAUUGCAAAAAAGAUAGGAAAUGAUAGAUAGAUUGGAUUUGGAUAUAGCGUAUAAGUGUUUUACCAGUGACUUUUUAGAGAGAAAGAUUUAAGGUUUGAAGGCUAUUUAGGAGGUGAUAAAGAAGUCAAAGGAUCAAUAUAAUCAAUACGGAAUGUAGGAAUGGUAGAAACAAGCAACUACUUAAAUGAUAUUGGAAUGGUUGAAUGAGAAGAAGAUCUUUGAGAGUCUGUAUGUUGGGUCUGGAAAUUCGCAUUUAGUAUAGAGAAGUGCAGAAUUCUUUAAGUUUUUAAUAGAGGAAAAAAUGAUCAGUAUUAAUAAUUUCAAGGACAUAUGGAAUAGUUUGGAUAAGGCUGAAUAUGAACAUAAGUUAGCUAUCUUUAAGUUAUUCAAAGACGUUUCAAAUUCGUUAGAGAAGGAGUGGUUAGAUUUCUUGACUGAUGCUGUGUGCACUAAGGAUCCUAAGGAUGUCACUAAGGAUGAUUUAGAGUUGCUGCUGGAUAUAAUAAAGAUGAAUUUUAGAUAUAAAGAUGAAUAUAUCUAGAAGUGUUGCAAUUACUAUUGGACAAUGUUGAAGAGCGGAUAAUUGAACUAGACAAUGUAGGAAUAAUACAUAUCAUAUUACAUUGAUUAAGUCACUUAAUAUGAAAUGAGACCACACAAAGGAGCUUAGAUUAGUAUGAUUGGGGAAAGUAUUGUGAAUGGAGAAUAAGUGAAUGUAGGUUUGAGAGUGUUGAUCAAAUUGAUAGAGAAACUGGAUAUCUAGCCAGCAGCUUGGGAAUAAUACACUAGAAAUGUGGCUUUGACAGACUUGGAAAGUAAAUUCAAAAUAGUGGAGGAGAUAAUCAAAUCUAUUCCUGAAUUGAAGAAGUAGAAGGAUUAUUUGGAGGAAAUCAAGGUUAGAAUGCAAUUCAUCUAAUUCUUCUAUCAGAACAUAAAUACUUAUGAAUACAGAUUAACUUUCAAGAUAAUUUCAAGCAUAUGGGAAUAAUUGGUUUGUUAAUCAUCAAAUCAACAGGAGAAGGAUCUUGUGUAUAAGUGGUUUAGUGCCUUAUCGACUUAGGAUGGUCAAUCUCAAUUAACAUCGAUGGUGGCUAUUUAAGAUCUCAAGGCCUUCUUCAAUGAGAAGAUGACAAAUGACCUAAUUCAGUUGACUGAAGAAGGAUUUAAUUGUUUUAAGACAGUAAUGACAGCAAUAAAUAAAUAAGAUGAUAACAGUUUUGGUCUUGAUGUAUUGUGGCAAAUGAUUUUGGAAACUGAAAAUGAAAAGGUCUCAUAAUCUGCAAUAGAUUAUUAUCUUUAAUUUGAAAGCACAUUAGAUGUGUUAUUCAAUAAAUUACAAGAGAAUAGAAACAAUGAUCAGAAAUUACACAGAUGUUUGCUGGUAUUGGAAGGAUUCAUAGAUCAAAGUGAGGUCAAUGGAGUAGGCAAUUUGAAGAGUUUAAAUGCUUUAUCACAAGGAGAAGAAUUGUAAAUUUAGGUUUCAUAUGAACAUGGAAAUUAAAAGAAGUUUACUAUUAAAAUUAAUGAUAACCAAACUAUUAUUGAGUUGAGAUUGGCAAUAAGCAAAGUCAUUAAAUAAUAAUGGGAUUCCAUUGGAUUGAAUAGUUUGAAAGGAGAAAUUAAGUUUACAGAAAAUGGAAAAAUGAUCAAAGAUUUAAGAUUAAAAAAGGGAGAAAUCAUAAUGGUUUUCAGAAAGUAAGUUAAAGAAAUACAAGAGGCUAGUCUCUUAGAUGGAGAUGUGUUAUCAGAGGGUGCAAAAUAAGUAUUUGGAGAGAUCUUUAGUGAAUAUUCUACUGAUGGUAAAAUGAGUAAGGAAGAUUGCACUCGAUUUGUUACUGGAUGUACAGGCAAUCCUUGUAGUAUUGAUGAUGCCAAUAUCCAAAGAACAUUCGAAUAAUAUGAUAAAGACAAAGAUUCCAUUCUGACUUUGAGUGAUUUCUUCGACUUUUACACUGAUUCUGCAAGGACCAAGAAAUCAACAGUCUGGCUCAAUCUCCAAACCUUACAUUACAGAAAUGAUCUAAUCAGAGGAGAUAGAGUACCCCUACCCUAAGUCAAUGCUUAGUUAUUGCCCAGAGGAUAGAUUGUGUAGAAUCAAAGAUAUUUGGAUUUGCUCUUUGAACUUUUACAGAAUUCUAGUAUUGAAGUUUAAGAGAAGACUUGGUAUUUAUUGAGGAGGUUGCCUCCCUCCCCUUAAUUGAUUAAAUAGAUGCUCACCUUUGAGAACAUCUAAUAACCAACUGAUUGGGAUCAGAUCUUAGUUAGCAGUCAUUACAGAUUACUUUACAGUCUAUAUAUCAUUGAGUUUCUGAUGAAUCAACAUGACUCGAAUAAUUUGUAAGCAUUGAUAGAUGAUCAAGAGAUUUUGGUGUUAAAGGAUAAAUGGAUGAGCAAGUUUUUACAACUUGGAGGAUUUGAUAAAUUAUUGCAAUUCUUUAAAUAAUAUUAAGGUAGAAGUGUGAGUACAUUGCCUCAAAUCGAAAAAGAAAUCUUGUCAUUUCUUUUAAAAACAUUCCAAAAUUAUGUUAUUGCUGCUUGUGCCUCUAAUGUACCUAAUUUGUACAAGGCAUCAAGGGGUAUUCAAAUCAUCAAACCUUUGGAUCAAGUGUUACUCGAUAUUAGAUAAUCUGAGGAUCCUGAGGAGUUUAAAUUACUGGUGCAAAAAUUGAAAGAGAGUCGUCUUGGUGAUAGUAUAACUGAGAAGAUCGAGAAAUUCAUUGGUGUUUUAAUCAACUUGAUUUAAGAAUUGCUUAAGAGUAAUGAAUUAGAAUAGGAAGAUAGAUAGAUUAUUGAACAUAGUGUUAUAGUAAUAAUCGUAAUCUUAUUGCAUAAUUAAGAAUUACUUACAAGUAGCAUAGAAAAUGUCGAGUUCAUUAAUAUUUUCUUCAGUGGAAUCUUUACUGAUAAAUCUGAUACUGUACGUAACUUAUUUAGUAGAGCAAUACUAGUGCUUUGUCAUGAAAGUCAGAAACGAAACAAUCAACCUACCAAAAUUAUAUUAUAACAAUUGAUUUCCAUGUAAAAUCAAUAAGCCAAUUCAUCCUAAUAUUAUGAAUUAUUAAGUCAAUUGAUCGACAGUGCCUUUGAGAGUGAAGACUCUUAAUAAUUCAUUGAUUAUCAACAAUUGGCAUAAUAAGUGAUUGAUGGUUUGGUUAAUCAUAAAAGUGUAGAGACAAGAUAAAAGUCAACGGUUGUUGAUAAGGUCCUUGUUGGUCUAUUGAACCUAUUGACCAAAUUGUACAAAUUCAUUAAGUAGCCAAUCCAUGAAAUCAUAUUUAACGAUUGCUUGUUUAGUCUUUAAGAGGAGAAGGAGGUGAAAUGCAAAUCGAGUGAAAGUAGAUAAGCUGCAUUCAAAUUGCUUUACUAAUUAUCUUAUCAGUAGAAUAAUUGCGAGAACAUUCUUUUAAAUAUGUAAUAGUUGAGUUAGAAGAUCCCAGUUAUCAAUAGGUGGAAUUACAUACCUUCAAGCGAUAUGAGAAGUUCCUUUGGCUACUGCGGAAUAAGAAACCUUAGAUGCAUUUGCUAUAUGAAUGCCAUGCUUCAACAGUUUUAUAUGACCAUUCCUUUUAGAUAUGGUAUCCUAUAAGCUGAUGACGGCAAAGAACCUGAUCUUUAAUAAAGCAAGACAGGAUUUUAGUUUGACGACAAUGUUCUUCAUCAAUUACAAUAAAUGUUUAGUUAUCUUGAGUUAUCUGAUCGAGUUGAUUAUAAUCCCUAGGAGUUUUGUGCAGCAUUCAAAGAUUAUGCAGGAGAACCAGUCAACAUUUUCAUUCAAUAGGAUGCUCAGGAAUUUUUGAAUAUGAUUUUUGAUAAGCUGGAGAAUCUCCUUAAGAAUACAAUCUAUAAGAAUAUUUUAGAUGGAGUUUUUGGAGGCAAAACCUGUACCUAAAUUGAAUGUCAGAAUUGUAAGGCAAUAAAGAACAAGGAUGAGAUAUUUUAUAAUUUGUCUGUUCCUAUUAAGAAUCUCAAAAAUCUAUAAGAAUGUUUCGAUAAGUUCGUGUAAGGUGAAAUCAUCUCAGAUUUUAAAUGCGAGAGUUGCAAUUAAAAGGUUGAAGUCAGUAAGAGAUAAUUGUUAGCUUAAUUACCAAAUGUUUUGAUAUUACAUUUAUAAAGAAUUGUAUUCAAUUUGGAUACAUUCAUGAAUGAAAAAAUUAACUCUCGUCUAGAAUUCCCAAUUAAUUUGGAUUUAGCAUAGUAUACUAUAAAUUAAGAUUAAUGUACCUAAUAUAAGUUGGUUGGCAUAGUAGUUCAUUUGGGAACUGCUGACGUAGGACAUUAUUUUAGUUAUAUUGAUAUCAAAACUCAAAAUUAAUGGUUAGAAUUCAAUGAUCAUAAAAUUAAGGAAUUCAAAUUAAAAUAAAUGGAGAAUGAAUGCUUUGGUGGUCAAUCUAAUUUAGAAUACAACGAUAAUGAUGUUUGGGGGAACGGUUUUAGAGAGAACUCUUAAAAUGCUUAUAUGCUGAUUUAUGAAAAGGUUGAAAAGGACAAAAUUCAAUUAGAAUUCAACUCUUAAGAGGAAUUACAGUUAUCAUUGUCCAAAUUUGAGAAUUACACUAUUCAACCAAAUAAUGUACUAUUAGUAGAUUAUAAUUCAUUCCAACCGCAUAUUCCUAGUCAAUAUCAUAAGAAGGUGAACAGUGAUAAUCAAUAGUUUUUAUUAGAAAGGAAUCUUUUCAAUCAAGAAUUCAUGAAAUUCAUAUUGGAGAUAAGUAACUUUGCGAAUAGUGAUAAUGCAACUGUGAUAAUAGAAAUUCUCAUUCGAUUUAACUAUGAUUUAUUGGCUCGUGCCUAUGAUAAUUCUAUUUCAGAACAAUUUAACACAAAGAUCUUGCAACUGAUUCAGUAAUAUCCCAAUAGCAACUAUCUAGAUUUGAUAUACUUUGGAAAACAAGCCAAAGUAUUAGAUCUCUUGCUGGUUUGCCCAGAAUCUAGAACUCGUAAAUACUUCGGGAAAUUGUUAGCAACUUUAUUCAAUCAAGCAAUUCAAAUUCAAGGGGAAAUCACAGAAAAGAUUUCUGAGGGAUUAGAUCAAUUAUUCCUUAUGAUAUAAGAUCAAGUACCUAAGAAUUGGACACGCUUUGAUUAAUAUUUCUAAUUUUGGCUAGACUUCAUUCAGGAAGGUAAAGUCUAGAUUUCAUAUUGUUUGAAGAAAGAAAUGAUUUUGUACAUGAUUGAUUUCAUUCUGGAUAAGAGCAGUCCCUUGUAGUUAUAUGAAAAGAAGACUCAAAUGGGAAAUGCCUACUUUCCAAUCAAUUGUUAAAUCCCUAUGCAAAUUAUAAGCACUCUACUUUAAUAAAAUCAUAAACUCACUCUCCAAGAGAAGAAAUUGCUUUAUUCACCUAAAUUUUAUGACAAGGCUCUUAAAAGUACAAAAAUUGAAGAACUAACUCCAAUCAUACUUAAAUUUGCUUAUAACAAUCGAUAUUUUUCAGAAAUAAUAUCAGGAUGUAUUAUGAGAGGUCUUGGAAAUGGGGAUAUUGAUGAGUUCAAAAACUAUCUCUAAAUGGCCAAACCAUUCUUGUUAAUCAAAGACAAUCUAUAAAUUGAACGUUUGGAAUGGCUAGUAGGAAUCCCCUCAUCGAAAUAGAAGGACUCAACUAAGGUUUAUGAUAGUCAACUUACAGAGUAUCCACAAUUUGGACUUUUUGGAUUGACCAGUUUAGAAGAAGAUUACUGGACAUUUGCUAGUCCUUUGGGAUGGUAAAAUAGUCUCUUUGAUAAUUUCUGUUCUCACAGGACCAUUAAGAAUUUGGAUAAUCAAUGUUUGUUAAUCCUUAAACUACUAUUAAUGAUUAGUCUCGAAUGUGAGACCUGUUAUGAUUAUGUCUCCAAACUGCCUUGUGUUAAUUAUCAAUAUAAAUAAAUGGAGGAAAUCUUCAGAGCAUUCAUUGAAACCUACAUCAUAGAUACAAAACGAUUCUAUUCCCCAUUUCCUCGAAAACAAGAAACCGAGGAGGUGAAGGGCUACUUGGAUUAAUAUUUUACCAAAGUGUCACAGAUUCAUAAUGAAUUCUAACCUCAAUUUGAUUAUAUCAUUGGAAAGACAGUAGAGAUGAAUAAAGUUAGAAAAACCUAUUUCCUGUACAAUCCUAACACAAAGGAAGAAACAUAGAUAGAUGAAGGAUCUGAGGGUUUCCCAGAAAUCAAACAGUAGAUCGAAGAAGGUAAUUUGCAAAAGGUACUUACAAUGGAAGAAAAGAUAUAUAAAACAAAUGUGUGCGAUAAUCUACCUAAUGGAACUACCAAUGAGUCCUUACCUUAAUAAUACGUUAAAGGAACCUAAAUUCUUACUUAUUCUGUGGAUCCCAAUUGUUAAGCUGCCAACUUCCUCUAAUCCAAUGCCUGGAGUGCUGAGAGUGACGAAAAAGCCACAGUAAGUAAUCCAAGAAUUGCUGAUACGGUUAAAUAGAUUUAGAUUCAGAAUCACACAAAUAGAAAUUUACAUGUGAUCUUAGAAAUCAAAGGUGAACCUAAUCCUUGCCAUUACAUUCCCAAAUCCAAAAUACAAUCACUUAUGAGCUCUAAGAGUUCGACUACAAUGUUCACAGCCAUUAAAAACAACUGUAAUUAGGAAUUCCCACCACUUUAAUUGACAUUAGUGUAUAAAAAAUAAGAGCCGAGACAAGACUCUUACCUAUAUUUAUCGUCUUAAGAAGAAAUGAAUUUGGAAUUAUUAUGA